AUGACUACGUUGCCAAUCGAUGCCGCCCUACCGGCCCUUCUAAUUGCGUUGAAUGAUCGCAAUGAGGUCGUACUACAAGCGCCUCCUGGAGCAGGUAAAACCACGCGAGUGCCGCUUGCCCUUCUUGGCGAGUCAUGGCUGGAAGGUCAGACCAUUGUUAUGCUUGAACCUCGACGACUCGCAGCGCGAGCGGCUGCUGAGCGAAUGGCGGGUGAGCUUGGUGAGCGGGUGGGCGAAACGGUGGGUUACCGUAUUCGGCUUGAGAGCAAGGUAGGGCCGAAAACUCGUAUCGAGGUCGUGACCGAAGGAAUUCUUGCUCGCAGGCUGCAAGAGGAUCCGUCACUUGAAGGUGUGGGCCUGGUCAUAUUCGACGAAUUCCAUCUUCGCAAUCUUGAUGCAGAUUUGGCCUUGGCACUGACGCUCAAUGGCCGCGAGAUGCUGCGAGACGAUUUCCCCCUCAAGGUGUUGCUAAUGUCCGCAACGCUGGAGGGGGAGCGACUCUCUCGAUUGCUCGACGAUGCCCCUAUCGUCACCAGUGAAGGCCGGAUGUACCCGGUCACGACGAUCUGGGGAGCUCCGUAUCAAUCAAGCGACUAUCUUGACCAGCGCGUGGUCUCGACAUGCCUGGAUGCUCUGGAAGAGCAGGGUGGAAGUCUCUUGGUGUUUCUACCUGGGCAGGCCGAAAUACGGCGAGUGCAUCAGACCCUAAAAGAUCGCUUGGGUGAUCGAGAAGACGUCCUGCUUUGCCCUUUGCAUGGAGAACUUGAGCUAACUGCACAACGAGCUGCGAUUGAUCCACCUCCUGCAGGAAAGCGAAAGGUUGUGCUGGCUACCAACAUCGCCGAGACCAGCGUGACUAUCGAAGGUGUUCGAGUAGUUAUCGACUCUGGACUUGAACGGGUACCUCGAUUCGACCCGCGUAGUGGGAUGACUAGAUUGGACACGCAGAGAAUAUCGAAAGCGAGCGCGACUCAACGGGCGGGACGUGCGGGUCGUCUCGAGCCUGGUGUUUGUUAUCGGCUUUGGUCAGAGGCUCAGCACGAUCAACUGCCAGCCUACGGUACUCCUGAAUUACAGCAGGCUGAUCUCGCUGGACUAGCUCUGCAGCUGUCCAGAUGGGGUGUUCUUCCUACAGAUCUGAAAUGGUUGGAUGUCCCGCCUGCAGCUGCCUAUUCUCAAGCCUGUGACAUUCUAGUUCGCUUGGGGGCUCUGGGUGAGGAUCGGAAGCUCACAAAGCAUGGCCAAGACAUGGCGGAAUUGCCGGCGCAUCCGCGAAUAGCCCAUCUGCUUCUGCGAGGUCAUGCUUUCGGUCUUGGACAUCUUGCAUGCGAUAUCGCCGCUCUACUGGGGGAACGUGAUAUCCAGCGUGGCGCCGGUGCGGAUAUCCACAGUCGCCUUGCAAUCGUUUCUGGAGAGCAGCGUGCCGAGCGUUCCGAGCAAGGCGGUACGCAACGUGCUAGGCAGCUUGCCAAGCAAUACCGUUCUUAUCUGCGCGGCCCCAUUGCCGACCCGGUGACGGAUCCUAAGCACCCACGGUGGGUGGGAGCUCUAUUGGCCCUGGCAUACCCCGACCGUGUCGCCCAACAACGUCGCCCUGGUGGUGCUGAGUACCGUCUCGCCAAUGGCCGUGCAGCUACGUUUACUGAAAGCGAUUUGCUGAUGAAGCAUUCAUGGUUGGUGAUCGCUGAUCUGGGCAGUCGCCAAGGUCAACGUGAAGAGCGCAUCUAUCUGGCUGCUGACUUGGAUGAGGAACUGUUCAACUCCGUUCUGAAGGAGCAAGUCCGUCAGGUGGACGAGCUGGACUGGGAUGAGCGAGAAGGCGUGCUUCGAGCGGAGCGACAGUUGAAGGUCGGGGACUUGGUACUUUCCUCUGUGCCUCUGACAAACCUUGAUGACGAAGCCCGCAUCCAGGCGUUGAUCAAUUACAUCCGGCGAAAGGGAAUUGAACUCUUACCUUGGACUCCAGAGUUGCGCCAGUGGCAAGCGCGUGUAGCGCUUUUGCGGGAUCUGGAUUUGGAGAAGGGGAGCACAAGUGAUUGGCCAGAUCUUCGUGACCAAGUGCUUCUGGAGUCUCUAGGGGAGUGGCUUGCCCCUUACAUCGGGAAGGUAACAAGGCUCAGCCACUUUGGGCAGAUCGAUCUACCAUCAAUUCUGCGCUCCCUUUUGCCGUGGCCGUUGCCGCAGCAACUCGAGGCACAGGCACCUCAGACGAUUGGUGUGCCUUCUGGAUCGAACAUUCGAAUCGACUACAGCGAGCGUCCUCCCAUACUGGCUGUGAGACUCCAGGAGUUGUUUGGCCUUGCAGACACACCGCGAAUUGCCAACGGACGGCAGGUACUCAAGCUCCAUUUGUUAUCGCCAGCGCGACGUCCUGUGCAAGUCACCCAGGACUUAGCAAACUUCUGGAAGUCGACGUACGACGAAGUGAAGAAAGACCUUAAGGGGAGAUACCCUAAGCAUUUUUGGCCUGACGACCCCUUGAUCGCAGAAGCCACCGCUAGGGCUAAGCCUCGAGGCACC